AUGAUUAAAAUAAGUUCACUAUUAAAAGAAGUUGAUUUAUUUAGCAGACCGAUUGGUCUUCACAUGAAUAAUUCUUUUUAUUUUAAAACAAGUUUUGGUGGUUUUAUGUCAUUAAUAGUAAUAAUUUUAGUUCUUUUGUUUUUUAAUGCAAGUAUUAAAUCUUUCAUAAAUAAAGAAGAAGUAUAUGUAAAAGUAGAUAAAUAAUACAAUCCAAAUCCAUUCAAAUCAAUAAUAAACACAAACAGAUUCAUGUUCUUUACAGCAAUAACCUAGCCUGAUUUUUUAGAAAAACCCCUUUUUAAUAUAACCGUGUACUAAAAAACAUACAUAUGGGAAGGCAGUAAAUAGAUUCGCUAAAAUAGAAUUAUAAAUCUUGAACCUUGUUAAGAUUACCAUUUUGAAAAUUUAAACUAAGAAUUAAAUUUUACAAAUAUUUUCCACUAAUACGGUAAAAAUUACCUAUGUCCAACUUUGGAAUCAUAAAUGUAGCUAGAAGGGAUGUUUUCUAGCCCGGUAUUUUCAUUUUUAGAGGUAACUGUUUCCAAAUGUAUAACUCCUAACGAUUCAAAUUCAAAAUGGAACCCAAAAUGCCAAUCUAUAGAGGAAUAUAACAUUUAAACUAAUAAUAAAGACGGUUUUUUUGGAAUUGUUUUUUACCAUAAUAACUAUGUACUUAACUCAGACUAGCCUUAAGGCUAUUUCACUAAUUUUCUUAACGAUAAAAUGUAUUAUACUUUUGUUCCGGAUAAAAUGACAAAAAUUGCAGAUAUUUAUUUCCAAGAUAUUGAAGUUAGAACUGAUCAUUCUUUAAUUCCGAUAAAAGAUGUGGAAUAAAGGUUUUUUUUAGUAUAAGAAAAUAACGACGUUAGAGAAGCAUCUGAGUUGGGAAGAAGUGAUGGUAAAUAUGUAGUUCUUACUUUAAGGAAAAGUCCUUAUAUUACAAUUAUUUAGAGAAAUUAUAAAAAAAUAUCACAAUUAAUGAGUGAAUUAGGUGGUUUUGUUUAAAUUGUUUUUACUGCUGUUGCUAUAUUAAUGGUGAAAUAUAACAAUAUUAAUUUUGUUUUAGAAUUAGCUAAUAAAUUGUAUUCAUUUGAAAUUAAAAAUAGAAAAUUAAAAAUAAAGAUUAGUUAUAUCUAAAGUAUCUUCUAAAGGAAUCUUAAUAUAAAGAAAAUGUAAAUAAAUUUAAGUAAUUAAAAGAAGUAAAUAAAAAACAAUUCUUAAUAAAUUAAUUUAAUAAAUUAUUGCUUAAAAAACAAACGUUAGAAUUCGGAAUAGGGUACUAUAUUUCAGUUUUAACAUGUGGAAAAAUAUAUAAUACAUAUCGAAAUUUAUAUAUUAAAAAAGCUACAUAUUAUAUGA